AUGCGUUUCGGCAAGACGCUGCGCGAGGCCGUGUACGGGCCGUGGAAGGACCAGUACAUCGACUACGGCAAGCUCAAGGACCUGCUGCACGAAGACAAGGUGGACGACGAAGGCGGCGUUGCGUGGACCGAGGACGAUGAAAACCGCUUCUGCGACGAAAUCUUCAAUGUCCAGCUCGAAAAGGUGGCGCGCUUCCAGCAGGAGAGGCUCAAGGAGCUCGCCCCGGCCGACGACGCCGAGACAGAGGCCGAGACAGAGGCCGACGAUAAGAAGCUGAAGCCAGACUCGGCCGAACAGCAGCAGGUCCACUCGCGACUGCGGCGGCUGGAAAAGGAGCUCGACGACAUUACAAACGAGGUCAAGGAGCUGAAAAAGUACAGCAGCAUCAACUACACGGGCUUCCUCAAGAUUGUCAAGAAGCACGACCGCAAGCGCGGCGACCGCUACCGGGUCCGCCCCAUGAUGCAGCUGAGCCUGGCCCAGCGGCCCUUUAACUCGGAGAAGGGCUACUCGCCGCUCCUCAACAAGCUGUCCAUCAUGUACUUUGCCAUCCGGCAGCAGCUCGAGGGCGGCGACCAGGUGCCCCUCGACCUCGAGAGCCAGCGCGAGACGCACAAUGGCGAGAGGUAUACCGCCCACAAGUUCUGGGUGCAUCUCGAUAACCUGCUCGAGGUCAAGACCCUCAUCCUCCGCCGGCUCCCCACCCUCAUCUACAGCGAGCAGUCGGCCAAGGAGCUCGACGGCAAAGACUCGCCCGCCAUCACGUCGCUCUACUUUGACAACAAAAAGUUUGAGCUCUACUCGGAGAAGGUCCAUCGCCAGUCCGAGGCCUCGUCUCUCCGUCUGCGCUGGUACGGCCAGCUGAGCAGCCGGCCCGACAUCUUUUUCGAGCAAAAGACUGCCGACGCCAAGGGCAACAGCCAAGAUCACAAGUUCCCCAUCAAGGACAAGUGGAUCAAGCCCUUUCUUGACGGCGAGAGCGCCAUGGAAAAGCACACGCAGAAGAUGGCGCGCCAGGGCGUACCCGCCGAGCACAUCAACAGCUACAAGGCCACCGUGGUCAGGAUUCAGGACUUCGUGCGGCAGAAGAAACUGUCGCCGGUUCUGAGGGCAAACUACGUCCGCACGGCCUUCCAGAAGCCGGCCGACGACCGUGUCCGCAUCUCCAUCGACACCGACCUAGCCUUUAUCCGCGAAGACACGCUCGACGCCGACCGGCCGUGCCGCGAUCCCGGCGACUGGCACCGGUUAGACAUUGACAGCAGCAGCAUGACAUACCCCUUCAAGAACAUCAACCAGAGCGAGGUCUCCAAGUUCCCCCAUGCCGUGCUGGAGAUUAAGCUCAAGGAUGACGGCAUCCGCAAGCGCCCCUCGUGGGUGGAGGACCUGAUGGCGUCGCAUCUCGUCCAUCCAGUGCCGCGGUUCUCCAAGUUUAUCCACGGGAUUGCGUCCCUGUUCGAGGACUACGUCAACAACCUGCCCUUUUGGCUCAGCGACCUCGAGACGGACAUCCGCAAGGACCCGCAGAGGGCCUUUGAGGAGGAGGAGCAGCGGCGGGCCCAGCGGGCCGACGAUGUCAAUGCCGUCGGCAGCCUGAUAGGCGGCACGCGCACCAGCUCGUACAAGGCGGCCCAGAGCUCGCCACUGGGCAAGUCGCACGUCGCGGGCGAGGAGGAAGGCGAGCCGAGCGGCGGGCAACAGCAGCAGCCGCAGCAGCAGCCGCAGCAGCAGCCGGCGGACGGCCGAGGCUAUGGCGCCCUGUCCUCUGUGCUUCCCGGCCUCUCUCUCUCCAAGUACGCGCGGGCCAAGCGGGCGCAAAAGGCGCAGCUGCCCGAGGGCGUGGUGGAGCCGACGCAGUGGAUCAAGAACAUGGGGGAGCUCAAGAUUGAGCCCAAGGUGUGGCUGGCCAACGAGCGCACCUUUCUCAAGUGGCAGCAUAUUUGCAUCCUGCAGGGGAGCCUGGCCGUCGGGCUGUACACGGCGGCGGGCGACGACACGACGGCGCAGGUCAUGGGCAUCAUGUACGUUGCCAUUGCGGCGUUUGCGGGCCUCUGGGGAUACUUGAUGCUGCACAUGCGGCGCAACAUGAUUGUGGAGCGGAGCGGCAAGCACUUUGACAACAUGUUUGGGCCGCUUGUCAUGAGCGUGACGCUGAUGGCGGCUCUGGUCAUCAACUUUGUCCUGCAGGCUGGCGGGCAGUACCAAAAGGUGUUUGCAAAGCCGGGCAAGGGGAACGGAGGCGGCUUGAUGACGUCGGAUGAGCUGUAA